CUAAACCCACAACAGUAAAAUCAGUCUGUGUAUGCAGUAAAGCAUGCUUGUUAUACUCACUGUGGAGCCUAAGUGGUUAACCCUCUGCAUUGUGUAGGAGUGCUGUUUGAUCUGACUUCUUGCCCCCCUCUUAUGACCUGAUAUGACAUAUCAUGUGGAGUCACUCUACAAAUGCUCAGUUUGGUGUGUAUUGCUAGAGAGGUUUUUUUUUUUCUUGGGAGAGUGCAUGUGAUCAGCACAGGGCCAAUCAGCACUGUCCAGAGGUCAGGGGUUCUGAAUCAUCUUAGAGCA